AUGGGUUUGGAGCCGUUGGAGCCGUAACUGUAGAGCUGUAGCGCUAGAGAGCUGUGCACCCGCCAUGCCAGAGCUGACUUCCAAGGGCACGACCAUUUCCAAGAAAGGCUUCAAAAAAGCUGUAACCAAAACCCAGAAGAAGGAAGGCAAGAAGCGCAAGCGAUGCCGCAAGGAGAGCUAUUCCAUUUACAUCUACAAGGUGCUGAAGCAGGUGCACCCCGACACCGGCAUCUCGUCCAAGGCUAUGAGCAUCAUGAACUCUUUCGUCACUGACAUCUUCGAGCGCAUCGCGGGCGAGGCGUCGCGCCUGGCGCAUUACAACAAGCGCUCGACCAUCACGUCCCGGGAGAUCCAGACGGCCGUGCGCCUGCUGCUGCCCGGGGAGCUGGCCAAGCACGCCGUGUCCGAGGGCACCAAGGCCGUCACCAAGUACACCAGCUCCAAGUAGACUCGCCAAGCUUUCCAUCAUUUACCACUUCGCCUUCCAUGGAUUCAUUUUAUUGUGAUUUCUCCUAGCUUCUUUAGGGGAGUGCUUCCUUCACAAAGACACUUCUCACAGUGCGUGGUUUUGAUAGAAAUGAAUUUCAGUUUCCACAGUUCGCAACUUGAUCUUAGCCAAAAGGCCGAGAAGUGAUCAGUUUCCACAGUUCAGUUAAACACCACCAACUGCCCUACAACACAGUUCACAUUUCAAUAGUGAGUCACUGUCUAAAUGACAAACUUCAUUGCUGGAUCUUCAGUUCACAAGUCACUGUACAAAUGACAGAUGUGCGUCGUGAUCUAUCAUGUGACUUAUCCUGUCACUUAUUGUAAAAUGUGUUGUCCCUGGACAGUGCACAUGUUACCCUGUCUGUGCACAAAUAGAAAGCAUGUACUUUUAGUUGCCGCUUUGUCUCCCAGUGAUCAUUGUGCCCAACAAAAAAUGAUAAUCAAAAGAGAGUUAGCCACCACGAUGAAAGUGUAACAAAAAAAUAGAAAGUAAUAACCCUACCAGUGGAAUUCGAGUGGAAUAUAAAUGGCAUUCUAGAAGAAAGAGCCAGCAGUAGGGCGGCUGG